UAAUAAUAAAUAAAAAAAAGAUAUUGACAGUAAAGAGGAUUCAGAUUCACCCAUCCGUGCGAACUGCGAAGAUGCAAUAAAAUUAAAAAAGUCCACAGCAAAGAAACAAAAAUGGGAAAAGCAUUUUGCAGAAAGCAAGCGAGCAGCCCCAUCUGGAUUGCUUUUCACACCCUGACACUCUCGAACCAAAGUGAGUCCGAGAGAUGAAGCUCUCGGGCAAAGCCAUUUCGAGUCCGGGUCGGAGCGACAAGUUCCCUCCCCCAUUGAUGCGGUUCCUGAGGAGCAAUGCAGGAAGCAGGAGCAGAAGGUCCAGGUCCAGCCCCAUGUUCGUCCGCAAGAAAAACGCCACCACCAUCGAAACCCAGGAGCCCUCCUCCCCCAAGGUCACCUGCAUGGGCCAAGUCCGAGUCAGACGCUCCUCCAAACAGCCCCCAACCAAGCGCGACACGCCCCGCAACUGCUGCUCCAUCCGAAAGCCCAACUCCUGCCGCUGCCGGCCCCUCUGCCUCUGGCCCUUCUUCCGCCGAAAGCCCAAGCCCAAGCCCAAGCCCAACUACCAUCCCCAUCCCCAAGCCCAAGAAUCAGAAUCAGAAUCUGCCUUCCGAGAGACGCUGAAUCUCAAUGUGGAUAACGCUUUCGCUUCCACUUCCAACUCCUCCACGCCUCCCAAAAACGCUUUGCUUUUAACUCGCUGCAGAUCCGCACCCUACAGAUCUUCCUCUUUGGCGAGUAGGUUUUGGGGUUCCCCCGUCAACACGGAACUGCCAAGUACAGAUUCCACUUCCCAGGAACCGCAAAAGCUGGAUUCCCUCACCCAACCACUCAAGCUUCAACAAUUAUCCAAUGGAAAGGAACCCCAACCUCAAAACCAAACACUCUCUCCAUCGCGACCUACUCUUCUCACUAGGUGCAAAUCGGAACCCGCCAGAACCGGACACAGGCUUGACUCGCUCUGGAAAAAAACAAGAAAAAUCAGAAGGGAUGUGGGAGGGAAUUGUGAACCUAGGAUUCAGCGGGUACAUAUAUUGUUACAAACUCAAAUGCAUUUGCAGCGGUUGUUGUUAUCUGGUUGAGGCAUAUACUAAUACUAGUAUACUAUUCCGCGGUCCAUCGGAGUAAAAUGCGUGUGUGUGACAGUGAAUUGUUGUGUUUAACGUUUGUGAAUGGCAUGUGAGUGUGUGGAGAAGCAUUUAUAAUAAGAUGAUGAAGUGACAGAGGAGUUGAUAAUUACUACUUGACAUGGAGUGGUCCAUCGCUGUUCGUGCUUCUUCUGCAUUAAAUAUCGUUCGUUUCUAUUAUGAUGGUCCUGUGAACGGAAUAUCUCAACCUAACGAAGCAAUGUUGUAAUUGCACCUCACGGGAAAGUUUAAUCUUUGAAGACAAAAUAAGGAAAUGUUGGGGAAGGAAUUUUAUGACGCAACAAAUAAGUUCAAUGCUUUCAAACAAUUCAUAAGUUGAUUUUAAUUCUUAGCCAAACUAUUUAUUGGGUGAAAUUUUUGUAUUUCAUUAUGAAUCGGCUUGUUCACAACACAAACUGCCCUAAAGUUCAAUAUGGCACCGGUUAAAGAAAUUAGAUGCGAAAUUUAUAAUUAUAUUAUUUAUCUUAAAUUUAAUGAGAAAAAC